CACGAUGAUUUAAGACCCGCGCGUGUCUGUGAAAAUGCUUCAGUUUGCACAACAAAGGAACAGCAGAAAAUCCUCCGAAGAUUUUCAGAUCGUACACGAUGAUGUGUUAUGAAAGGCACGAGCGCUGAAAGGGGCGCAAGCGCUCGCGCAUUCAUCACCUGGCUUCAUAACGCCUCUAUAACGCUGAGGGGAUUGGAUGUAUCUGAUGACUGCCGGUGUGCAUGGUGUAUUUUGGUUUAAAAGCAAUUAAUGAGAAAGUUGCAUCACAGCAUUUGACCCGAGAAGAUCCCAGACGCACUUUAAGGCCACAUCAUUGCUGUUUUUGAAAUUAUGGGAAAUGGAUAAACUCACCAUAAUUUCAGGAUGUCUGUUUCUUGCUGCUGAUAUUUUUGCAAUUGCCAGCGUUGUGAACCCAGACUGGAUCAACACGGGAGAAGAAGAAGGUGCCCUGACCAUGGGGCUGGUCCGGCAGUGUCAGACGAUUCACGGCAGGGACAGGAUAUGUUCACCCCCAAGCCUUUCUCCAGAAUGGCUCGCCACUCUCUUCUUUAUAAUCCUGGGCAUCAUUUCACUGUCCAUCACUUGCACUCUGUUGGUGCUGUCACACUGGCAUCAGGAGACAGCCAAGUAUGCCCGCUGGAUUGCUUUCACAGGAAUGGUCCUGUUCUGUCUGGCAGCUCUUAUAUUUCCUACUGGAUUUUAUAUCAGUGAAGUUGGUGGACAACCUUAUAAGUUACCCAACAGCACUGUUGUGGGAUCUUCAUACGUACUUUUUGUCUUAUCGAUAUUUUUCACUAUCGUCGGACUGUUGUUUGCUGGGAAAGUCUGUCUGCCUGGCUGACAUAAAGCUUCACCACUAAUGUGUUUGUUGCAAGCUAUAAAGCUUAAAGCAUAGGGUCCCAUUUCUUAGAAAGCGAAAGACUUGCUUGGAAAGGAUGACAUCAAGAUUUUAUAUGCACUAUGUCAUGAAUUGUGUAUUAGACAUGCACUGUAUCACUGGAGCUGACAACCUUCUCCGUUGGGUAUUGUCUUCUACUGCCAAUUAUUUUGAAAGAAUUCAGUCCUGUUCUUUUUCUUAACGUCGUCCUUGUGAUUGUUAUCCUUCAUGUCAUGGCAUGUGACAACAAUAGUUUAAAUACAGUGCACAGUUUUUUUUUAAGAUGUUUUUUUUUUUAUUAAGGUAAAAGGAGGUAAAAGUGAUGUGUUCUUGCUGUACAGGAAAAGUCUAUUCGAGCCACAAUAGCAACUCUGUCCUUCUCUUCCA